AUGAGUAACAAUGAAACCCCCUUCAGCCUCACCUAUGGCACGAAAGCAAUGAUACCCGCGGAAGUUGGUUUGCCCUCGCUACGACGUCUUACUACUAAUGACGAUAAUGACAGGCUCCUAAGGGAAGGCCUGGAUAUGCUCGAAGAAAGGCGUGAGGCAGUCGCCAUCAGCGAGGCAAAGUAUAAGAAGACUCUGGAAAAAUACUAUAAUCAGCGCGUGGCUCAGCACACUUUCAAGGAGGGCGAGUAUGUCAUGCGUGAUAAUGAGGCAAGUAGAGUGGAACCCACAGGCAAAUUGGGACCCAACUGGGAAGGCCUCUACGUCAUUCAAGAAGACCUAGGCAAAGGGGCCUACCGCCUAUCAAGGCUAGACGAUACCGCGGUUCCAUGUAGCUGGAACGCGGCUCAACUAAAAAAGUGUUAUAUGAACACCUUGCCCCUAACGGCGGGUAUGAUUGUUUUCCUAUUUGCAAACAAGUGUAAUCCAUCUCCGACGAUGUUUCUUUUUAAGUAUUGA